AUGAUGUCGUCGUCGCCUUUGUCGUCUAAUCCGGCGGUAAAUUCCGAUCGAUCGCCCGCGAGGAGGAGAAAGCGGAAGAAAAUGCACAGUCAGAGCCAAAACCAAUCGGAAAUCAAUCUCGAGGGGAAUCCACGGGUAGAAUGGAAAUCGGACGCGCAACAGCAAAUCUACUCGGCGAAGCUCCGCCGCGCACUGCAGCAGGUCCGGCGAGGCGGCGGGACGCCGGUAUCCGCCUCGCGGCGGGUGCACGAGGCGGCGGAUCGGGUCCUGGCAGCGACCGCGAGGGGACGGUCGAGGUGGAGCCGGGCGGUACUCACCAGCCGGCUAAAGGUGAAGUUCGCGAAGAAGAUCAGCGCGGAGAAGCGGCGGCGCAAGGUGAUGACGGUGAUCACCGGCGGCGGGGAUGGCCGCGCCGGACAGAGGAAAUCGAAGGUGAGCGUCUCGCGGCUUAGUUCCAAGGGACUUCCGGCGUUUCAGAGGAAAGCCGGGAUCCUCGGCCGGUUGGUCCCCGGUUGCCGGAAACAGCCGCUGCCGGUGGUUUUGGAGGAGGCGGCUGAUUACAUAGCCGCGCUUGAGAUGCAGGUGCGAGCCAUGAGUGCUUUAGCGGAGCUGCUUUCUAUAGGUAAGGCGAUCGAGCUUCUGGAUGUGAAAUUGUGGGAUCGAUCGAUCAUCAGUUAA